CUGACAGGGGAGAGACCUGUGUGUAAACAACACAGGUCUCUCUUCUGCCAGCAAGAACGUGCUGCUGUGUAUUUCUCUCAGCAUGUUUCCCUAGUAAAACACACACAGCACAUUAUGUAAACCAGUACACAGUUAACCCUUUGAUUGACCCAGAUGUUAACCCCUUCCUGUCCAGUGUCAUUAGUACAGUGUCAGUGCCUUUUAUUAGCACUGAUCACUGUAUUACUGUUAUUGGGGUGUCAGUUGCAAUUAGUCAGUUCCCCCCCAGUGUCAGAAUGCCCGCCGCAGUCCCGCUAUAAGUCGCUG